CCCUCGCCGAGUGGUCCGCAGCGUUUCAGAAGGCCCCCUCGUCCCACUACUUUCUUUCACCGCACCUGUCGUUUCGAUCCCCAAAAUUGUCGUUUUGGGUUUAUUUAUUUUUUAAUAUUAUCACCAAUUAAAAAUUUCCUUAUUUUUUCUCCCCCGCAACAGAGACUUUUUCCCCCAUCCCGCUGGCGGCGCACUUCUCAGAGCCGACCGUCACUCUCAUCACCGGUGAGGCUAACGUGCGCACCUCACUCUCUUCUUCUUCUUCUCACCAAUUCUUGAAUGCCGCCAUAGACGAGCUUCUUCAAGGUCUUCACGAGUGUAGGGUCUUUUUGGAUUAACUUCGAAUUUUGUGGAGCACAGCCGCGAAUGGUUGUGGAAUUAUAAUCCGUACGGGAUUUUUGAGUUUUAGGUUCUUGAUGAUUGAGAGGUGUGAACGAUGGGAUGUGUUUCAGAUUAUUUCUUGAUUGCUUGUUUUCUCAAGCUGGGUUAGGGUUACACCAUCGAGAUUUGCUGGUUAUUUAUUGAAUGUGGGGUUAGGAAGAUGGAUGUAGACAAUAAGAAGUCUGGUUUUAGGAAAAGAACGAAGCCAAAGGAUGAUGGGUUUGACUCAGAUGAUGAUGAGCCAAUUGGCUCUCUGCUGAAGUUAAAGAGAUCUCGAAACUCUAAGAAGACUAAGUUGGGUGUAGAUGAUGGCGGUGAAAGGGACAAGAUGGUUGACAAGAAUGGAGCAAAAUUGCCAGUGCAAGAGGACUUUGGGGGAAUGGAUGAUACUUUAGCUAGUUUCAGAAAGAAGUUGAGGCGUCCCAAAAAGGUUAGUGGACCUGGAAUUGCCAGGGAGCAGAAUUCUUCCCUAAGUAUGACAGAAUCUUUGGAUUCAUUAUCUAAUACAUCCAGAGGACAAGGGGAUUUAGACACAAGAUUGAGACCAGAAAAUGGUGAAUUAAUGGAUCAUGAAGAGUCUGAUCCAACUGCAAAGAUUGAUGUAGAAACGAGGUGUGAAGCACCCAAUUUGGAAUUAAAAGACAUGGAGAUGGGUAUCUCAAGUAGGAGAAGUGCUAAUUUCUCUUUCGAUAAACAGUUGGACGAUUCAUUGUCUGCAUUUGUCCAAAAGGUUCAAUCUGGUUCAACUAGGAAAUCAUUGGUAUCUACAACAUUUAAAUCGGACUUCAAGGAUGAGGCUUCUGAAGAUAAUUUGAGUCCUUUUUCUAGAGCACUUUCUGGGGAUCGUGAAACACACUCCAUUGUGAGUUCUAAUUCUUCAGCUAAGCUGCCACAAGAAGUCAAAAAACCAGAUUCUGAACUUACUACAUCAUAUUUAAUUUCCUGUUCGCAUUGCACCAAAGAGAAUUGUAAUCCUGGUCGAGGACAACGCCAUCAAGGGGUCGAACGUCACCAAGAAGAGUAUCAAUGCUGUCUCAAUAAUCAUGAGAAUCCUGACAUGAGACCAGGCAUAUCAAAUGAAGUUGCUGAUGAAGAUAGCAAAAACUUCAGUCAUUUUAGGGACAAUUUCCGGGCUCUGGAAAGAAAGGCAUCCUGUGAAAUCAAGAGUGUAGUAAAACAUUGUUCUUGUGGUGAUACAAUGAUGAAUAGCCAUUUGCCCGAAAUGGGUUCUUUUGAGGAUGGGCUAGGUGAAAAUCAACUCAAUGAAAGUAUGUGCAGUACUUGUCGUCCUCUAGAACAGGUAAAUGAAAGCCAUGGUCAUUGUGGGGGUGUUUCCAGCGGAGAUUUUUGUGAUGUGGUGGCCCAAGAGACCACAGUCACUUUGUCUAAAACAACUCUAGGUGUAGAUUGCGAGGGAAAAGAACUGUUACUUGUUAUACAUCAUGAUGAAUUGCCAAACUCUACCAAUUUCUGUGAAAGUUCUUCCAAAGAAAUCUGUCUAUCUACUCAAAAUUUGAAGAUUUCUGAACAAUCAUUAGACAGAACAACACUCUCCAAUCUUCAGUUAUCUGCACGUUUCGAUUCAACGAAAGCGGAUAAAACUUGCAGUGACUCUGAUAAUUUAAAUACUGGAACUGACGAGCCUAAUAAUGAAUGUGGUUCUAUGCAGAAAGAAAAUGCUCUGAUCUCUAAUAGGAUUUCAGAUUCAACUGCUGUUCAAUCUCACAUAUCCCAAAAAUCUAGGGCAACUGCUUCUGGACCAAAUUAUCCAGAGAUUUGUCCUAGUGGAAAUUUCAGCAUGGUAUCAGAUGGUCAACCGGCCAAGGCUUUGGUGGAGAUAGAUGGUCCAAAUAAUAUACUUACUGGUAAAGAGGUUAAGGUAUCUUCUCUUGGAUCUUUCACUCCAGAUGAUAAUGACCUUGAGGAUGUAAUAUCUGCUCCUGGUAGUGAAAAAGAUUUAAAGCUUUCAGCUUUACAACGUGUAACACGCAAGACAAAGAAGCCUAGGCAUGAUGACAUGGCUUAUGAAGGAGAUAUUGAUUGGGAGGUUUUGAUUAGUGAGCGUGCAGUUGAUGGCGACCAUUCUUUCAGAUCAAGAAAGGAAUCUACAUCAACAACUUUUACAGAGGCUGAAACUGGUGGUAGAGCUGCAGUGUCUGCAGGGCUUAAGGCACAUGCAGUUGGUCUACUUGAGAAGAUUAAAUUUAAGGAUGUGCUAAAGCGCAAAGGUGGACUUCAAGAGUACAUAGCAUGCAGGAAUCAGAUCCUGGGCCUUUGGUGUAAAGAUGUUACACGCAUUUUGCAUCUCGCUGACUGUGGGGUCACUGAUACUCCCUCUAUGGAUGAACCGCCACGUUUUCCCCUUAUUAGGGAGAUCUAUGCAUUUCUUAACCUACGUGGUUAUAUAAAUGCGGGGAUUGCUUCUGAGAAAGCCAAAUCAGAAUCUGACGUUAAAUAUGAUUAUGAACCGGUAGAAAAGAAGGUUGUAGACGUUAGUGUUGCUUCAGCUGCUGAUUCUGAGGAAGGGGUUUCUGCCAUGGUAAAAAAUUAUGAUGCUUCUAAUGCAGAGAACGAUGUUUCAGCUGGCUGUGAAAUAAUAUUGGAAGAUGCUGAAGGAAGAGAUCCUGUGAUUGCAAAUAAUUUGGGUUUACCAAAACCAGUGGAACAUGAACAAGAAUUGGUACAUGUCUUGGAGUAUGGUACUCCUGAUCCCAUACCGGUAAAACUGGUAGGUGAUGUUCCGGGUAAAGCUGCCUCACAUUUAACUAAUCAUUCAAGAAAUGGUUGGCACCCAAUCCACUCCUCUGAUGAAUGUGUAGGAGGUGAUCAACAACAGCUGAGUAAUUCUGAAGUCAGAAAGAAAGUAAUUGUUAUUGGAGCUGGUCCUGCUGGCUUAACUGCUGCAAAGCACUUGCAUCGUCAGGGCUUUGGUGUCACCGUACUUGAAGCCAGGAAUAGGUUAGGAGGUCGUGUUCAUACAGACCGUUCCUCUCUUUCUGUUCCUGUAGAUCUUGGUGCAAGUAUUAUUACAGGAGUAGAGGCUGAUGUUGCAACCGAAAGAAGACCUGAUCCUUCCUCCUUGAUUUGCACUCAAUUGGGCCUGGAGUUGACUGUAUUAAAUAGUGACUGUCCCCUCUAUGACAUCAUUACACGCAAAAAAGUUCCAGUAGACAUGGAUGAAGCUUUGGAAGCAGAAUAUAAUAGUCUGCUUGAUGACAUGGUGUUGCUUGUUGCACAAAGAGGGGAGCAUGCAAUGGCCAUGUCUCUCGAGGAGGGUUUAGAAUAUGCCCUUAAGCGACGACGCAUGGCUCGAGGAAUGGAUGUUUGUUCUGAUGAAGAAGUUUUGAGUCCCUUUGAGAGGAGAGUGAUGAAUUGGCAUUUUGCUAACUUGGAGUAUGGUUGUGCUGCUAUGCUCAAGAAAGUGUCUCUUCCUAAUUGGAAUCAGGAUGAUCUUUAUGGAGGUUUUGGAGGAGCUCAUUGUAUGAUUAAAGGGGGUUAUAGCACAGUUGUUGAGUCUCUUGGUGGAGGACUCGAUGUUCACCUAAAUCAUGUUGUGGCUGAUAUUUCUUACAGCACCAGUGACAUCGGGUUUAAUGGGAAUCAGUGUGCAAAGGUAAAAGUUUCCACAACCAAUGGUUGUGUGUUUCUAGGAGAUGCUGUCCUUAUUACUGUGCCUCUUGGGUGCUUGAAAGCAGAAACUAUUAAGUUUUCUCCACCAUUGCCUGAAUGGAAGCGUCUGUCCAUUCAGCGCCUUGGGUUUGGAGUUCUUAACAAAAUAGUUCUUGAAUUUCCAGAAGUUUUCUGGGACGACUCUGUGGAUUAUUUUGGGGCAACUGCAGAGGAAACAAAGUGGAGGGGGCAGUGUUUCAUGUUUUGGAAUGUAAGAAAAACAGUUGGUGCUCCGGUUCUCAUAGCACUGGUGGUUGGUCAGGCGGCCGUGGAGAGGCAAUAUAUGAACUCUUCAGAUAAUGUAAGCCAUGCGUUAAUGGUCCUUCGCAAACUUUUUGGAGAAGCUAUGGUACCUGAUCCAGUUGCAUCUGUCGUAACUGAUUGGGGAAGAGAUCCGUUUAGCUAUGGUGCUUACUCAUAUGUUGCUGUUGGAGCGUCUGGAGAGGACUAUGACAUUUUAGCAAGACCUGUUGGAAACUGUUUGUUUUUUGCUGGUGAAGCUACUUGCAAGGAGCAUCCUGACACUGUUGGGGGUGCAAUGAUGAGUGGGCUAAGAGAGGCCGUACGCAUGAUUGAUGUAUUGAGUGAUGGUUAUGAUUUCACAGCAGAAGUAGAGGCAAUGGAAGCUGCUCAGAGGCAGUCCGAGUGUGAGAAUGAUGAAGUUGGGGACAUAAUUACAAGACUCGAUGCUGUUAAGCUUUCUGAUGCUUUUUACAAAAAUUCUUUGGAUGGUGCCAGGAUUUUGACCACAGAAGCUUUACUACAAGAUUUGUUUUUUAAUGCAAAAACAACAGCUGGGAGAUUGCAUGUGGCAAAAGAGUUGCUGAAUCUCCCUGCUGACACGUUGAAGUCCUUUGCAGGGACCAAAGAAGGUCUUACAGUUCUCAACUCAUGGAUUUUGGACUCAAUGGGGAAGGAUGGGACUCAACUUCUUCGGCAAUGUGUUCGUAUUCUUGUGCUAGUUUCAACAGAUCUACUUGCAGUUCGCUUAUCAGGCAUAGGUAAAACCGUGAAAGAAAAGGUAUGUGUGCAUACAAGCCGUGACAUCCGUGCCAUUGCGAGUCAGUUGGUUAGUGUUUGGCUUGAAGUUUUCCGUAAAGAAAAGGCUGCUAAUGGGGGGUUAAAACUCUCCAAGUCUGUUUCUGCUGUUGAAUUAUUGAAGAGGAAAUCUAAUAAAGAUUCUUCUUCUGGGAAACCUCCUUUGCAUGCAAACAACAGCACGCUGGAUAGUAGGGGCAAUUUGCUGACUUCUGCAUCAGCUGCAAUUCCCUUGCAGUCUGAUGUCAAUAUGAAAAACGAUAAUAGCAAACAAUUGAAAUUAGAAAUGGAAAAUUCAUCAAAAUCAGAUAUCAGUUCAUCAAGGUCAAGGGGUUCAUUCGGAAAGCAGGAUGCAGAGAUGGAAGACAACAACAUUGCUAUGACAGAAGAGGAGGAGGCUGCAUUUGCUGCUGCUGAGGCAGCACGAGCAGCUGCACUUGCAGCUGCGAAGGCAUAUGCAUCUUCUGAAGCCAAGAGCGCAAUGCAGCUCCCAAAAAUCCCCUCCUUUCACAAAUUUGCUAGACGGGAGCAUUAUGCUCAAAUGGAUGAGUGCGAGUAUAAAAAGAAGUUGUCUGGCAGUGUGCUAGGAAGACAAGAUUGUAUAUCUGAAAUAGAUUCUAGAAAUUGCAGGGUCAGGAACUGGUCUGUGGAAUUUUCUGCUGCUUGUGUUAAUCUUGAAAGUUCACGAAUGUCUGCAGAUAACCUUUCGCAAAGAAGCCAUUCGAAUGAGAUUGUUACCCAAUUGAACUUCAGGGAGCACUCUGGUGAAAGUGCUCCUGUGGAUAGUAGUAUAUACACGAAAGCAUGGGUUGAUACAGCUGGUAGUGUUGGAAUGAAAGAUUAUCAUGCUAUUGAGAGAUGGCGCACUCAAGCAGCUGCAGCUCAUGUAAAUGAUGAGGAGGAUUCAAACACAAAUUGGCAUAAACCCACUUGGAAUAAUGAUCAAGUAGCGAAUGAGAGCUCAAUAUCACAAGUGACGAUCAAUAAGGAGCCUAUAAGAAACCAUCAUCGUGGGGCUGACAGAAUUAAGCAGGCUGUAGUUGAUUAUGUUGCAUCACUCUUGAUGCCCCUUUACAAAGCAAGGAAAAUUGACAAGGAUGGAUACAAGUCAAUUAUGAAGAAAAGUGCAACAAAGGUCAUGGAACAGGCCACUGAUGCAGAGAAAGGCAUGACUGUUUCUGAGUUUCUUGAUUUCAAACGUAGGAACAAGAUUCGUGCCUUUGUAGACAAAUUAAUAGAGAGGCAUAUGGCUAUGAAGCCUGUAGUGAAGUCAUGACUACAGUCCCAAGGAUUUGCUGUCAUUUUAUUGGUCAAUAAUGAAGCCGUGAUGGUCCCAAGGAUCAAAUGGCUUUCUUGGCGAGCUUCUCGUGAGGACACAAUUACGGAUUAUUCAUUUUAGUCUGGGAAGACACCAAGGUAUAUGUUGGCAUGAAAGCCUUCAUAAUUUGACGCCUGUAUUACAUUUCCAGUGCACCUUAAUUUCUGGAGCUGCAAUAGAGUAAUAUGACAUUUCUGCUUGUGCGUUGUGGAGUUUCCCAUGAUCUGCCAAGAUUUUGGUUCGUGCUGUCAGAUAUGAUUAUAACUGGUACUGGUGUUGAAUGCAAUAUUGAUUGGUAUCGAACUGCAGCCCGAUUCUGCAUAAUUCUUUUGGCAUGGCUUAAGUUUAUGCCACUCAUCGGGGCCACUCCAGGUGUCAUUUUCUUGCUCAUUUGGGUUAUGAGCGCCUGUUGAAGAAAACAUCACAUUGUACUAUAAGGGUGCAAGAUCAAGCCCUUCAGUUUUUAGCGAUGGACUGUAGGUUAUGUUUCAUUUUCUUUUCUUCCUUUUCCCUCUCCACCUGUACAGCUUAGAAUUAUUUCAUUGACGACAAUCACACAGUAAUUUUCAUUUAUUUGCAAAAAUUUCUCAAUCUUUGAGAUUGAAUAUUGUAAUUUACCUGUCUUUCUUUCCCAUAGAUUAACUAAAGGUGCCGUGGAGGCCAUUUUUCCUUUCUAAUGGAUACUCUUUCCCAUCAAACGUUAUUGUUAA